AUGUUCCUCGAGAUGCUGGAGCUCAUACACCAAAUUAAGAAUUUACAAGAGGUGGAACUCAAAUUUGCAAAACAAUGCGCUGUCGAGGAAGUGACCAGGUGGUCAAGUUGGACAAAAGGAGUUGCCGAAACGCUUCGGUUUCGCAACAAAGUCUUCGAAAACUUCCUAUCAGCACUGCAACAGGCAGGAAAAAUUCAAUAUCUAACCAUCAAGAACCUGCAAGACUAUCACAACAAGUCGAUCUUCGAACGUCAGGAUUUCAGGAUCAUACGGGAUAGGUUGCCGCAGUUGCAUCUUCAGAUCGCGGCUGAAUACGACGAAGCAAGUCCCGAAUACACCAUCGAAAAGCCGGCAUUACACGCAGGAUAUACACAGGAUCUUCCGAACACAUGGCUCAAGCCUCUCAGUGGACAACUCACACAUCUCACUCUGUACGGUGCCGAGAGUAUGUAUUUUUGUAAUAUCCCAACCUUUGCGCAUCUCAAGUCACUGAGCUUUGGACGCUUCACGGUCGUACACGACUGGCAGAUUGACUGGAUUUUGUCGCAUGCGGAGACACUGGAAGAGCUCAUCCCGGACGAUUGCCCCAUCGUCACGGCACUGUACAUGGACGACAAGCCAGCAAAAGCGAGCUUUCCUGACUUACCCAUUCUCAGGUCUGGUUGA